UGUGACAACCGGACCUGAGCGACUGCCAUGGAGCCGCAGAAACAGGCGCGAACACCCGGGGGCCCCGUCGCGUGGCCGCGUGGGCCCUCGAGGUCUCAGACGCCGGACGACGAGGAGGGGCCGGAGGGCAACACAGCGCCCGCGGCGGCUUUUCUGGGCGCGGAGGCGGACGACGCCUGUGCGGACGCGCUGUGGAAGCUGCCGGUGGAGCCCGCCGAGCGGAGGCCCGAGUGCAGCCGCUGCAGCCGGCCUCAGAAAGUAUGUUUGUGUCCAUUUCUACCAUUGCAUCCUCUGCAUAUCUCUACUCAUUUGUACAUAAUUCAACAUCCAGCAGAGGAAAACAAAGUGUUGCGGACAGUUCCCCUUUUAGCAGCAUGCCUCCCCCAGGACAAGUGUAAAGUCAAGAUUGGUCGUCGCUUCAGUGAAGAAAGAGAUCCUGAACUUUCAACUGUUUGUCGGAAGUCUGAUACAUUAAUAUUAUAUCCAGGGGCUGAAGCUGCUAAUUUGGAAGAAUUUAUAUUAGAUUCUCCUAUUUAUCCUUCCACAAUCAUCAUCAUUGAUGGUACAUGGAGCCAGGCUAAGGACAUUUUCUAUAAGAAUUCUUUGUUCCGCCUGCCCAAACAGGUGCAGUUAAAAACUAGCGUUUCUAGUCAGUAUGUAAUUCGGACACAACCGACUAAUAGGUGCCUUUCUACCCUGGAAUGUGCAGCUGCUGCUCUUUCCAUUUUGGAGAAAAAUGAUUACAUACAGGAGACUUUGCUUCGCCCUCUUCAAGCUUUGUGCUCUUUCCAGCUGCAGCAUGGUGCUCAAAUUCGCCUCAGCAAGGAACACCUUCUGAAAAAUGGAUUAUAUCCUAAGCCAAUGCCAAAGAACAAACGCAAGCUCAGGAAAAUGGAACUGUUAAUGAACAGUGUUAAAAUUUAGUACUGUUGUUCCAUGGUGCUAGUUAUGGUGUCUUCCGCUGAUAAAACCAGGUGAAGUUUUCAGAAAAUUUAAGUCUGUGGGUUUUUGGUUGUCUAGAGUGAGAGUUGCAUGCUAAACUUGCCCAGCAGAAGAAGGAAGUCAACCAAAUAGCCAUAAAAAAGCAAACAAAAAAAAAAAAUUUCGCUGACCCAGUAAAAACCAAGGUUUCAUACUGAGUUUGUUUAAAAAAAAAAAAAUGUGCCUCUAAUACAUUUUUCCAGAUCCAUAGUUUGGAAUGUGUUUGAAAUUAGUUGUUGAGUGAGGUUAGAAGGUUUUUUUGUUUUUUUGUUUUUUUGUUUUUUGUUUUUUUAUGUAAAAUGGAAAGAAAUUAUUGUACCUGAUUGGGACAGUAUUGUUUUCAUGAAUGUUAAUAGAUAAUUAGGUGUAUAUAAUAGAGGAUACUUAUGUCAAUAUGCAAUAUUGUACAUAAACUUUAUAGUUUGAAGGAAUAAUGAUCACCAAGUAGUUUAGAUUGAAUUUAUUUUUUUCAUAGAAUAAUAUAGCAGAAUAAGGGAACUAAAUAAAUUACUUAGGUACUAAA